UUUUCAUUUCUUAAAAUGGUGUUUGAGAAUGCUGGAAAGAAGGAAGGACUUGAGAUUUGGAGGAUAGAGGAUUUCUCCCCUGUAGAAUAUACUACUGGAGAGUUGGGGAAAUUCUACAUUGGAGACUCUUAUAUCAUUCUUAGAACUCAGAAUUUUGGUGGAAAGUUGUCCUGGACUUUACAUUUCUGGCUCGGAGCUGAAACUUCUCAGGAUGAAUCUGGAGCAGCAGCAAUGCUAGCUGUAGAACUAGAUGAUCAACUUGGUGGAGUACCCGUACAGUACAGAGAGGUUCAAGGAAGCGAGUCAGCUAAGUUUGUCUCACAUUUUCCUAAGGGACUACGGUAUCUACCUGGAGGAGUAAAGAGUGGAUUCAAGCAUGUUGAUCCUGAUCAGGUUGAAAAGAGAUUGUUUAAAGUGAAAGGAAAGCGUGCCGUUAAAGUGGAACAGGUUGACGUGUCUGUAGCAAGCAUGAACAAAUCUGAUUGUUUUAUGCUGGAUUGUGGAAAAGGACAUUCUAUUCUAGUUUUUAUGCCACCAGGAGCCAGGAAGAUGGAGAAGUUCAAAGCUAUUCAGAUUGCUAACGAACUCCGUGAUGAAGACCAUGCUGGUGAUGCUGAGGUGGAGGUAGUUGAUGAGUUUUCUGAAAAUAUGGAUAAAUUCUUCUCUGAGCUUGGAUCUGGAAGUGUAGAUGAUCUGCAGGAGGCAGAGGAGGAUACUGAUGAAGCUUCUGACUUAACAGUUCUAAGAGAGAAGAAGAUGUAUGUUUUGAUAACUUUUGAGUUUGUGUCCGGGCCACCCUUCAAGCAAACAAUGCUAGAUAAUACGGACGUUUUUCUCUUGGUAGGAGGUGGAACUAACAUAUUUCUGUGGAUUGGAAAGGCUGCAAGUAAAGAGGAGAAGUUGGCUGCGAUGAGUGCUGCGGAACAUUUUCUCAAGAAUUCUGAUAUUAUCAGCUCAGCUGCAAGGAUUGUUCGUAUUCUGGAAGGACUAGAGACUGCAAUGUUUAAGCAGUAUUUCACUGCCUGGAACGAGAUUGACGAUGAUAGUCCUAAAACUUAUUCUAAUAUUGCAGACUGGAAGGUUGAAGAUCUGCAUACUGAGAAUAUGAAAAGGAUAGAACGUGCUGCAGGAUCAACUCCAGGAUUUUUGCCUGAUGAUGGAACAGGAGAGAAAAAAAUAUGGAGAGUAGAGAACCUUGAUCUGAAACCAGUUGAGGAUGAAGUAGAGCAUCUGUUUGGAGGGGACAGCUAUGUUAUUCAGUACACUGCUCCUAACAUCAGCAUUAUCUAUUUUUGGCAGGGGUUAAAAAGCACAACUGAUGAAAGGGCGGCAAGCGCCAUCUUUGCCGCCAAGAUGGAUAACGAAGAUUUUGGCGGGAAAGCUGUACAGAUCCGAGUGGUUCAAGGACAGGAACCUAGACAUUUCCUCAGAAUUUUUCCAGGUUGCUUAGCCAUAUUUUCAGGAGGAAAAGCUUCAGGAUUUAAGAACGUCCAUGAUAGGGAUGAGUAUGAUGAGGAUGGGGUAUAUCUCUACAGAAUAAGAUCUGUGAGCUCUGAUGCUAGGGAUGCUAGAGCAGAACAGGUCGAGGAAAAGGCGGAACAGCUUUCCUCUGACGAUGUUUUCCUUCUGGAAACUAAAGAAAAGAACUGGAUCUGGACUGGGAAGGAGAGUAGUUCUCAAGAACUGGAGAUAGCAAAACAAUUCUUUAAUAAGUUCAGUGGAUCAAGACCUCAUAAGGAACUCCUGGUAGUAGACGAGGGUAAUGAGGAUGAACUGUUCUGGACUGCACUAGGAGGAAAACAAGAAUACAACCAACCAGAAACAAAACCUGUUUUGCCCCCCCGACUCUUUCACGUGACAAAGCUUGGAUCAGGAAAAACCAGAGCUUUGGAAAUAUUCAACUUUACUAAACAGGAUCUGGUUGAUGAUGACGUCAUGAUCCUUGAUACAGGAAGAGAGAUUAUUAUCUGGGUUGGAAAGAAUUCAACCAAAGAAGAGAAGGAUGUUGCUAUGAAGAUGGCUGAGGAGUAUCUGGAUUCAGACCCUUCUUACAGGGACUCCAGCAACACGGUGAUUCUACAGUGUGCAGAGGGGGCAGAGCCACAACUUUUUAAAUCUUUUAUCUCAGGGUUUUAAACCUAUAUAUGUUAAUGGUUAUGAUUAACCCUCAGAACAUUUAUGCUUUUUUGCCUUUUACUUAAAAUAUUUAAUGAUUGACAAGCUUAAAAUAAAAUAAUUUUUUUGCA